CAGAUGUCGCCAUAAACAGUCCUUCCGUUCCUCCGAUCGCUUCUGCACAAGGACUCAUGGGAGUCACGUAUCCCCACCAAAAUUUUUAGAUAAGAAAGCAGAAAGCCGGAACUCACCCCCUCCUCGUUCCUUUUUAUUUCUUAAACUCUCCGUGGCUCCAUUAAUCGGAUCCGCCCAUCGAUGUAGAGUUUAAUAACCCUUUCAUCUCUAUCUCUAGUUAUUCGGAGAACCCAUCUUGGGAUUUUCUUCGUAUGGGUGCUCUGAGUGGUGCAUUCUAGUUAAAGUGAAGAAGAUGAAGGGAUUCGACUUCUGGGACGCCACGGCUUUUCUGUUCGGCAAGGAUGGAAGGAAGUUUCUCAAAAGAAAAGACAGUGACGCAGGGGAGGCUGGGCGCACAUUGGAGGAGAUUCGGGCAUCUAUUUUUAGCGAAUUUCGAACUUCAGAAGGAGCUAGACGCCAACAGCAACGAUUCUGUGGUCCCUUUGUGGCUAUGACAUUUAAUUUUUUUGUUGGAGUUAGUAUCAUCAUGGCAAACAAAAUAGUUUUAGGUGAUAUUGGAUUUAAUUUCCCGAUUUUCCUCACAUUUAUCCAUUAUAUAGUGAGCUGGCUGUUACUGGCUCUCUUCAGAAUAACUUCAUUGCUUCCGGUGUGUCCUCCAUCAAAAUCAACCCCCUUCAGUUCCCUCUUUGCCCUGGGCACAGUUAUGGCCCUCUCCAAUGGCCUUGCAAAUGUGAGCUUAAAGUAUAACAGCAUAGGGUUUUAUCAGAUGGCAAAAAUUGCUGUGACACCCACAAUAGUUCUCGCGGAAUUCAUGUUGUUUGGCAAAAGAAUUACCUUUAACAAGGUAUUGGCAUUAGCCGUGGUAUCAUUAGGUGUUGCUGUCGCAACAGUGACAGAUCUGCAAUUUAACUAUUUUGGUGCUUUCGUGGCACUAACAUGGAUCGUGCCAAGUGCUGUUAACAAAAUUCUGUGGUCGAAUCUGCAGCAGCGCGAAAAUUGGACUGCACUUGCCUUGAUGUGGAAAACCACUCCAGUGACCCUUCUCUUCUUAGCUGCUUUAAUGCCAUGGCUUGAUCCUCCUGGAGUAUUACUAUUUGAUUGGAGCUUCCGCAACACUGUGGCUAUCCUCAUUUCAGCUGCUCUAGGUUUUCUGCUCCAGUUGUCAGGGGCAUUGGCGCUUGGGGCUACUUCUGCUACUAGCCAUGUUAUCUUAGGUCAGUUUAAAACAUGUGUGAUUCUACUGGGAGGUUCCUUAUAUUUUCACACAAAUCCAGGACUAGUUAGCACAUGUGGGGCUGCAAUAGCUUUACUCGCAAUGUCUGUCUACACCUCCCUUAACUUGAGGCAAGUUGAGCCAGAGACUAAGCUGCCAUCUAAUGCUGCCUCAUUCCUCCCAAAGCCCAGAACAAAGGAAGAAACUGUCACGAGUAUUGAAAUUGUGAAUGCAACUGCGGAAUCUGUUUGAUAAGUUGAGACUCAAGGAAAAGCAAAUUAAUGCCAGCACAAAAGAUGGUUCAGGACUUGAAAGCCAUGACUAGGAUCGCAUACGAAAGAAAUGGCCCAAACAGACAUCCGAGUUAGGCAUCUUAAGAUUCUUCCUGCAGCCUUAGGACCCAUUUCUUAUGGAUAAGUGAGGUAAAAGGCUGUCUCUUGGAAAAAGCUUGCAGUUUGAAGGACUGGGUAUGUUUCUUAGUUUUCCGUGAGAAUGUGCUUCUCCCAAAUCCAGAGAGAGGAUUUUAUCUUUGGAAGUGGCUAAGCCCAAGGCGGGGAAUGUGCCAUAAUGCACUGUGGUAUAUGGGUUGCUUUCCUUGGGAAAGCCGUGUGUUCCUGCCUUACAGAGGGGAAAACAGUACAGGAAAACAGACAUCUUGCUUUGGCACAGAGUAAAGCCCACAGUCGAGCCACUGUUAAAUUCAUGACAUUAUGAUAUGAUUCCAAUGGCAGAACGGUAGUCCUCCAACAUGGUAGUAGUCUACAGGCACAGAUAUAAGCUAAACACCAGCAUAAAGUCUUCUUAAUGGCAACUAUUACUAACUUAAAGGUGCACAUCCAACGUAUUCUGCAUCCUCAGCAUAAUAAUUCACAGUCUCGAAUCCUUUCCAUGGUCUGCUAUUCAACUCUAUUAGAGAAUCUUCCCCCUAAACCUAAACCUGGCUGUCGCAGCAAUUCGACCUGUAGUGACCCCUUCCUCCACGUGCAGUUUCAAGCGAAAAGGGAAGAAGUCUGCUUAAGAACAUAAGCCAAGAAUGUGCAAUUACUCCAGCACAAAUAUUGAAAAAACUUUUCGUCCUCGCCAUCAGUUGGUUUCGUUCAUGUAUUUCGAAUGCCAGUGGUAGAGCACUGCGCAUCAGCAAUUUGCAUAAUCUGUGAAAAUGAUUUGCUGAGACGAAAAUGAUUUGCUGAGGCAGCAACUCUCUUUCGAAAAGCUCACAAAUUUCUCAGACACUUGUACAGCUCAAAUUUUGGGAUUUUCACACAAACAAUGCCACAGUCGUCUAAUUGGUGAAUGAUCAAGUCAUUGAAGAAAAAGAGAGAAUCAAGAACAUGCCAUUGAUCGCGUAUCUCCUAUAACAUGCGCCGAGUCGUGGGCACCAACUCUGACGUUUCGGAGACAUUAGUAUUAUCAAUCCUCUUAGUUAAGGAUACCAUAAAAAUUUUGUAACUAUCAAAGUAUGUACCUUUAUAAAUUGAU